ACGAGACCCCAUUGAGCCAGCUCACCUAUGCGGCGGUAUGACAGCAAUUGUCUUGUCAAGAUUGAACUAGGACCUUGAUGCUGACUGCCACGCACAGGCCGCCGUGCACCGGCGCUUCCAUGACCCCGCCGCCAUCCAGAUGUGCACGCUGAUGAACAUCAAGACGGGCGGUUGCAGUGAGGAUUGCUCUUACUGCGCGCAGUCCUCGCGCUACACCACCGGCCUCAAAGCCACCAAGAUGAGCCCCGUCGACGACGUACUGAACAAAGCCCGCAUGGCCAAGUCCAACGGCAGCACGCGGUUCUGCAUGGGUGCCGCCUGGCGGGACAUGCGCGGCCGCAAGACCAGCCUGAAAAACGUCAAGCAGAUGGUGUCGGGCGUGCGUGAGAUGGGGAUGGAGGUAUGCGUGACGCUGGGAAUGAUCGACGAUAAACAAGCCAAGGAGCUCAAGGACGCCGGUCUGACAGCCUACAACCACAACCUGGACACCUCGCGCGAAUUCUACCCCUCCGUCAUCACAACGCGGUCAUACGACGAGCGCCUUCAGACGCUCUCGCAUGUCCGGGACGCAGGCAUCAACGUCUGCUCCGGUGGCAUCCUGGGCCUCGGGGAAGCCGACUCGGACCGCAUCGGCCUCAUCCACACCGUCGGCUCCCUCCCCUCCCACCCGGAGUCCUUCCCAGUCAACGCCUUGGUGCCCAUCCCAGGCACCCCGCUAGGCAACCGCAAGAUGAUCUCGUUCGACAAGCUGCUCCGCACCAUUGCCACCGCGCGCAUCGUCAUGCCGUCGACCAUCGUGCGACUGGCCGCGGGCCGCAUCUCACUCUCCGAGGAGCAGCAGGUCGCCUGUUUCAUGGCGGGCGCUAACGCCGUGUUCACGGGCGAGAAGAUGCUGACUACCGACUGCAAUGGCUGGGACGAGGACCGCGUCAUGUUCGAGCGGUGGGGGUACUACCCUAUGCGUAGUUUCGAGAGGGGUCGUCUCAGCGCUGCCUCUCCCCAGCCGGAGGAACCUGUCGCGGACGCUCCGAAGGUCUCUCCUGAGCCGGCUACAGCGUCGUAAAUAGAUUGCUAUGAUGUAGAUAGUAC